UUAAUAACCUAUCAUACCCAAAGUACACCCUCCAUGUUAAUAACAAAAAGAAAAAGAAAAAUACAUCUCCCAAGACCGAGAAUCAUUUACGGCCGUGACAUUUUCCUUGGCUGGAAAAAGUGGCGUCCGGGCAACCCUUCGCAGCGGCCGAGGAGUUGCGUUGGGCGUGUCUGCUUCGUGUCUGUUCGUUCAGUAGUUCCUCCGCGCCGUGGAAGUCAGGACGUUCGUGUGAUCGCCCGCGCCCUUUCGUGUCUGGUUACGGUCGUGUUGUCCCCCUUUUUUCCCCAUCUUUUGAGCUCUAGAAGAGAUUUGAUGAUCUGGAUUUUAUUAUGUUCUUCUCUCCCUCUGAGGGCUAAUCGGUAACAGUUUUGUGAAUCUGACGAAUCAAACCCAAAAAGAGGAUAUUUUGCAUGCAACUUUAUUGAAAAGAGGAGAAAAAAACGUGUGAAUAUGUAAAUGUGAACUAAUUGAAGAUUUCCAUUUAAAGAAAAUCACGACUAGUAAGGAAUACUUUUCUCUAGAUAAAGAAAAGUGAGCUGUGGUUGGAACCCGCAAGUGUUUAUUGAGAUACUUGAGAAAUGUAAAGUAUUUUAUGCGGCAAGAGAUGAAAAACAAGAAAAUUCAACGGAUUAAAUAGCUUGCUUUUGUCACUGUGAAGAUAACGUGAACACUGAUUAGCGUUGCAUUUCACGCUGCAAGAUCAGUCUUCUAAAUCAAAAUCCGGGAAAAGGUUUAUGGCACCAUGAUGGCCUUCAAACUCGCCCUGUUCUUAGUGCUGGUGAUCACCGCCUCCGUCGCGUCUCCUGCUGAUGCAGCAACAGCGGUCGUAGUCUCGUCCUCCGGCACACUCGGCCACAGGAAGCGCGUCCGAUACGUCGACGGAGGACCCUGUGUCGGAGAUCCGCCACCUCCUGCCGAAGGCCAAUCUCGCCAACAACACCGUCACCAACAUCCCCGUCCAGCUCGGUGCAACAGCCUUCCUGCCGUGCAAAUACCGCCACCUGGCCGAUCACCAGGUCAGUGAUGAUCAGGUGUCUUGGUUCCGUCGGCGAGACUGGCACAUCCUCACCACCGGGAUUUUCACUUACACGAACGAUGAGAGGUUCACAGUGCUUCACCCGCCGGAAUCCGAUGACUGGACGCUGCAGAUCAAAUACACGACGAGGAGGGACAAUGGCACCUAUGAAUGCCAGCUGUCAACAGGGACUGGUGUGAUUUCGCAGUUCGUCAAUCUCCACGUGGUAGUCCCCCAAGCCUUCAUCCUGGGCAGCACUGACUACCAUGUACAACUCGGAUCAACAAUCAAGCUCGUUUGCGUCAUCAAACAGAGCCCGACGCCCCCGCAGUACGUGUUCUGGUACCACGACGACCACAUGAUCAACUAUGACACCCAGCGCGGCGGCAUCAACGUCUCCACGGACACAGGCCCCAAGAAGACCCAGUCGCACCUCACUAUCUCCGACGCCCGCUACGAAGACACCGGCAACUACACCUGCAGCGCCUCCAACACCCGCAGCGCCUCCGUCAACGUCUUCGUGUCCUACGGCGACAAGAUGGCGGCAAUACAGAGACGGAAGGCCGGCGGAGGAGCACCCAGCCUGUCGCUUGCGCCCGGCCUCUGGUCCUUGGUGGCCGCCGCCUUCUGGGCCCUCAGAUGAUGUGCUUGGCCCAGCCACGCCCACCUCCUUGCCGCCGGCGACCAGCAGCGACCGCGAGCUCCCGGGG